AAAAUAAAUUGUGCCCUUUUUGGAGGGAGAAGACAGAGUCCAAACUCCAAAGUCUCUGCAUUUCCAUGGCCGGCACGUGAUCCAUUCACUCUCUCUCAAAUUCUCACUCUCUCUCACACCUUCUUCCACCUCUCACCUCUCUUUCUCCGUCAAUGUCUUCCGCUGCCCGCUCCUCCCUAAGAGCCUCCGUCUCGCCGCUCCGCUCAAGGAAGUCGCCGGCGGGAGCCGUCAAACCCGCUGGAAGACCUACCACUCCGUCGUCGUCCUCCACCGCUUCGAGGCCGUCCUCCUCUGCCGCGUCGAGGCCUUCGUCGAAGGCGUCAGUCUCUCCGGUGACUACCGCCGCCGCGCCUGACGUCAGCAAGGCGAAGGAGAAUGUCACUGUCACCGUCCGGUUCCGUCCCCUCAGUGGGAGAGAAAUUAAUAAAGGGGACGAGGUGGCGUGGUAUGCGGAUGGAGACAGUAUAGUCAGAAAUGAGUACAAUCCUUCCGUUGCUUAUGGUUUUGACAAGGUAUUUGGGCCUGCAACAACAACUCGGCAUGUUUAUGAUGUGGCUGCUCAGCAUGUUGUCAGUGGUGCUAUGGAAGGGAUUAACGGUACUGUUUUUGCAUAUGGUGUUACUAGUAGUGGAAAGACUCAUACCAUGCAUGGGGAGCAAAAAUCACCUGGAAUUAUCCCACUUGCAGUGAAGGAUGUCUUUAGUAUUAUACAGGAGACUCCUGGACGAGAAUUCUUAUUACGCGUCUCAUAUCUUGAGAUUUACAAUGAGGUCAUUAAUGACUUGCUGGAUCCAACUGGGCAGAAUCUAAGAAUACGAGAGGAUGUUCAGGGUACAUAUGUUGAAGGAAUCAAAGAGGAAGUUGUGUUAUCCCCUGCUCAUGCCCUUUCUUUGAUUGCUACUGGCGAAGAGCAUAGACAUGUGGGUUCAAAUAAUUUCAAUCUAGUCAGCAGUCGAAGCCACACUAUUUUCACCUUGACUGUUGAAAGCAGUUCCCGAGAUGAAAAUAUAGGGGAAGAGGAUGUGACAUUGUCCCACUUGCACUUAAUUGAUCUUGCAGGGUCUGAAAGUUCUAAAACCGAAACAACUGGUUUGCGGAGGAAAGAAGGCUCCUAUAUUAAUAAAAGCUUGCUAACUCUUGGAACGGUAAUUGCUAAAUUAACAGAUGGAAAGGCAACUCAUAUUCCUUAUCGAGAUUCAAAGCUCACUCGGUUGUUACAAUCAUCCCUUAGUGGCCAUGGACGGAUUUCUCUCAUUUGCACAGUUACUCCUGCUUCUAGCAGUAGUGAAGAGACACACAACACAUUAAAAUUUGCACACCGGAGUAAGCAUGUUGAAAUUAAAGCUUCCCAAAAUAAGAUUAUGGAUGAGAAAUCUCUGAUCAAGAAGUAUCAGAAGGAAAUUUCUGAGUUAAAGCAGGAGCUGCAGCAGUUGAAGCGUGGCAUGGUUGAGAAUCCCAAUAUGGCCGCAUCUUCACAAGAAGAUCUGGUUACUUUGAAGCUUCAGCUUGAAGCUGGGCAAUCCAAAUUGAAGUCGAGAUUGCAAGAGGAGGAACAAGCUAAAGCAGCAUUGAUGGGAAGAAUUCAGCGACUAACCAAAUUAAUCUUAGUUUCUACAAAGAAUGCAAUGUCAUCAAGCAUUGCAGAAAGGCCCAGUCAUAGACGAAGGCAUUCUUUUGGGGAAGAUGAGCUAGCAUAUUUACCAGAUAGAAAACGUGAGACCUGGAUUAAUGAUGACACAGGGAGCCAUGCUUCAGUUCCUUCACCAGAAGAAAAGGAUGACAUUACCAAUUUAGAUGAAUUGGGGAAGGAUUAUAAAAGAAGCAAAAGGCGUGGAAUGCUUGGUUGGUUGAAGCUGAGAAAACCUGAUAAUAUUGAUGGAUUAUCGCCAAAUGUUGAUAGUGAGGGCUCUGGAAAUGGGUCACCUGCAUCUGCUUCAAAAUUAACUCCGAACAGAGUUAUGCUUCAUGACAUGAAAGAUUCACGAAGGAGUUCAGUCAGAAGAAAGGAUAAUGCUUCAUCUCUAAAUUCUUUUCCAGGAAGAACUCAAGCAGGUGACUUGUUCAGUGUAACUGUUGGAGGUCAUCAACUUCCUCCGACUGGAACUACUGUUACAGAUCAAAUGGAUCUUCUGCGUGAACAAAUAAAAAUGUUGGCUGGAGAGGUGGCAUUUUGUAUUAGUUCUCUGAAAAGACUGUCUGAACAAGCAGCUAACAAGCCUGAAGAUAUCCAACUACAAGAGGGCAUGCAUAAGUUGAAGGGUGAAAUUAGCCAAAAGAAGAAUCAAAUCCGUAUCCUAGAGCAACGGAUGAUUGGAUCAAUAGGACAUGCACCAAAUAACAGUGAAAUGUCUCAGGCUCUAUCCAAGCUUACCACUGAGCUCAAUGAAAAAAUUUUUGAACUUGAGAUCAAGUCUGCAGAUAACAGGAUACUUCAAGAGCAACUGCAGUUGAAGAAUUCAGAAAACGUUGAGAUGCAAGAGACAAUUAUUUCACUAAAGAAACAAAUAAAUUUGUUGCUGGAUAAAACCUCAACUUAUCAUCAGCGCGCUGCUGAUAAUGAGACUGACUGUUCUAGAGACAUAUUAGGAAAGACUGAUGAAGCACAAUCAGUCAAAAACUUGAAUGCAAUAGUUUCUCAAGCACACCCCAAGCAAGGAAGUAAUGAUUCAAUUAUAAAUUCUCAAAUUCUUGUGCAGGUAGCAGAAGUGGAGAAUUUAAGGCAAGAAAAUGUGAGAUUAGUGGAAGAGAAAGAUGGGCUUGAAAUUCAAAGCCAGAAACUUGCAGAGGAAGCUUCAUAUGCAAAAGAGUUGGCAGCAGCUGCAGCAGUUGAACUCCGAAACCUUGCUGAAGAAGUGACUAAACUUACUUAUGAAAAUGCAGAACUGAGUGGUGAUCUGGAAGCUGCAAAGGAAGCCUCUUGCAAUUCAAACUUUUCUCCAACAUCUUCAUAUGAUUGCAAGCAAAAUAUUAAUAAUAGUUUUCAACGAGAUGGGAAAUCGAAAAAGUUGGGGAACGAAGUUCUUAUUGAGGACUUGCAGAAGGACCUUAAUGCUAGACUCCAAAGAGAAGCUGCAUUAGAAGCAGCUCUAUCUGUGAAAGUUGAAAUAGAAGAUGACCUAAGAAGUACACUUGAUGAAAUAAAACACCAAAAACAAGAUUUGGAAUAUGAGCUUACAAACAUGCGGAUGCUGGUGUCAAAGAUGAAAAAGUCUGGGAUUAAUGUUGAGGACAAGUCAACUAAUGAUGUGCAAACCAAGGUUAAAAAUGGGCAUCCAACAUCUAAUGGUUACUCUCAUAGAAAACAAUACAAAGAGGGUGAAAUUUUAGGGAGCAUGGAAGAUAUGAUUGCAUUAGAAGAACUGAGGGCUAAUUAUCAAAGAGAAAGAAGAAGAUGCAAAGAACUAGAAAGUCAUAUUUCUAUAUUGAAGGGUGAAGAUAUUGCUGGUCUGGAUGUUAUGGCCCUUGAAGAACUUCAAAACCUUCAUAUUGAGGCAAUAACAAAGAUUUGCCAUGCUAAGUAUGCAAAUCAAAACUUGUAGCAUCAUGCUGUUGGCUGCUGUGACUGUCGUACACGGGGUUUCUGAAGUACAUUAUACUUUGUAACUUCACAAAAUACUGGCAAUCUUCUCUCAAUCAUCCUUGUGCUGGUGCAUGGAAGCAGUGAAGGCCAAUCAGUUAGUUUAGGCGAAUAACUACUUGCUACUGAUGGGAAUUGAGGCCCCUCAGCUUCAUGAUUUUUUCUCAAGCAAGGAUCAGUAACUGUAGCUUGUAUCGUUUGGAAGUUAUCAUUUACAAAUUCACAAAAUGUAGCUUAUGAAGCAUAAAAUAUUGUAAGGUGACAAAAAUAUCUAUGUAUAUAUAUGUUGUACUAUAUGGAAUUAUACAUGCUAUUUAAUGUA